GUUUGUCAAUAAUGUGAAAUGUCACUUGUCAGAAAAGUCGAGACUGUUUUGGACUUUAUCUUGGUCUAGAUAUUUUCUGCUCUGUUAUUAUAGUUUAUUUUAAAGAAAAUACGUUUUGAGUCUGCAAUAUAUGAUAUAAUUGAAGAUGUCUCUUAAUACAGCUCAUGCUGAUCAUGGAGUAUUGAUACACGCUGGAGAGUGUAUCAUACUGUUUUCCGAUAAUGUCACGGUGGAAUUUUAUGGAAAUGAUACGCCAGAGUUUAAAGGUGCAAAAAAUGGUCGUAUGUAUCUCACCACCCACAGGAUGAUUUAUAACUCUAAAAAGAAUACAGAGACAUUGAGGUCAUUCAGUUUCCCAUUUGUGGCUUUGCAAGAUGUGACUGUUGAACAGCCAAUGUUUGGUGCAAACUUUAUCAAAGGAAAAAUCCAUGCACAGCCCAAUGGAAAUUUCAUAGGAGAAGUGAAGUUUAAACUUACAUUUAAAUCAGGAGGGGCAAUUGAAUUUGGUCAAGCUAUGUUAAAGGCUGCCCACCUUGCAUCCCGUCACACGACUCCAAAUGCCCCGCCUCCAGCGUACACGCCGCCAAGCGGGCCGUGGUACGCGGCCCCACCACCGGCAUACGCGCCACCACCGCAGGGCUAUUAUGGAUGGGUCCCACCAUACUCUGCGUUCCCCGAUCAGCCGGCGCCGAACUCGGUGUUCGUGUCGAACAGCCCGCCUCCAUACCCGGGCGUGAUGGGCGCCGCGUACCCGCCGGGCGCGGGCUUCUCAGGCGCAGGUGGGAACACCGCGGGCUACCCGAACGCGCCCCCCGGUUACCCGGGCAACGCCAGCCUGCCGCCGGGUUACCCGGGCAACGCGAACCCGCCCGCCGCCGGGUUUGCGGGCGGCUUCGUGCCCCCACCCGGGAUGUCGGCUAACGAUGCGAAAGCAGCGGAGGCUGCACAAAGUGCAUACUACGAUCCUAACAAGCCGCAGACCGCGUAUGUGCCACCAUCUUACAAUGAUCAGCCACCGACGUAUCAGGAAUCAACGUCGAAAAAAGAGAAUUAAAACAUUGUCCACAUUUUCAUAUGAAUCCACCAAGCCAUGAAAACCCACUGAUGGGAAUGUUGGAGAAGAAAAAAUAUUAUGUAUGAUUGUUGUAUCGUUUCACAUCACUAUCAUAUUUAAUCGCGCUUUAUGAAAUUCAAUAUUAUAUAAAGACGGCUGUGUUAAAAUUACAAUAUGUUACAGUAUUAAUCACUAUCACAAAGCAUCUGCAUAUUCUUGUAGAACAUUCCACAUUAUAUUAUGUACAUAUUUUCUUAACAUCGCUUUCUUAUAACAAUGUAAUUAAAAUUGUUAAAUUGUAAAAUUAUUUAUGUAGAUGUUUUAAUAAAUGUAAUAUUUAUGAAACUGAUUUUCAUUUACGUAUAAUUAGACAGCUCGUAAUACAGAAAUACACACAGGAAAAACACAAAAAUAUAUUAUUUGUGAAAUCAAUGUUUAUGUUGAAGUUCUUCGAAUACUACCAAUCUCUUUACUAUUCGUUAUUUAGCUGUCCAUUCAGUCAAAGAAGAUUAAAUGUGUCAUCAUUGAAAAUAGAAAAUCAGUUGUUAACAAUAUCUGUCAGAAAUGCAAAAUUUUUGUAACAUAAUAUGAAAUUCAAAAUAAAUUUAAUUAAAUAAUUACACUAUCAUGAUAUAAAUAAAUAUUUUAAAUUUCGUCUGCAUAGUAUGGAUUAACAUAAGCUUUUACCACGAUGGCUCCUAUGGCACAUCCGCCCUGCACGCCUUCGGCAUCAUGUAUCCCAAUCAGAUGUCAUCCAACUCCUCCACCAUGUCAAAAUCCAGAAAAAUGCCUCAAGAAAACUACCUCGAAAGGCAUAAAGCCGUGUCGAAGCGCGGUUUCUAUCAUGGCAACUCGUUCUAAAGCAAAAUGUGGAAGUUGCGGCAAAAUGAAGGGAUCCUCUGACCCAAGGAAUGUGAAAGCAGUAGAAAAAUUUCUUAAGGAAAAAUCCAAAGAGGCCAAAUUGCGAAAAAAGGACAGUUUAACGGGAAGUCGUUCUUAUGUUAAUUACGCCAAAAAGAAAGGUCAUCCUCGGCAAGAAAGUGAUUGCUGUUACGGAAAGGGACAUAGAGGAAGAGUAACAAAGGGCAAAAAAUGUUGUACUAUUCUGUGACAUUUAAAAUACCUACCCUAAUCCUAAUCCUUUAUCCGUUCCUAAUCCGUUUACCGUUGGAUAUUAUCUAUCUAGUAAAUUCUUUUAACUUGGGAUUUUAAACGAAAAAUGGUUUGAUUUGAUAAAAAAUGUGUUAAAUUUGACUAUAAUUAUCAUUUUAUAAUUAAUGAUUGACAUGUGCAACAAUAAAUGGAUUAUCGUACA